AUGGUCAAGAAGCUGAAUAGUAAGCCCGCUAAGGCUAGUGAAAAGAAAGCCGCAAAAGCUGCACCAGCUAAAGAGGUAGAGGCCCCAGUCGAAAAAGCCGACGUCAAAGUGGACAACGAAAACCUCGACCUCCCUUCGUCAUCAGAAGAAGAAGAAGAAGAAGAAGACGAGCAGAUCUACGGUCUCUCAAGCGAUGAAUCCGAAGACGAGGAAGAAAACCCCGACUCACCCGCUUCCCAAUCCCAACGCAAACAACAAACAACUACAACAUCAGGCCACAAGGUAACCAAAUCGUCCGCGCCUACAACAACAACCACAGCCACAAGUAAAUCCGCCCCAAAGUCGUCAGUGAUAUACAUAGGCCGCCUCCCGCAACACUUUCAAGAACACGAGCUCCGCACAUACUUCACCCAGUUCGGACCCAUCACCAACCUCAAGCUCUCAAGAAACAAAAAGACGGGCAAAUCAAAGCACUUUGCGCACAUUGAAUUCGAGCAAGCGGACGUGGCGCGCGUUGCAGCAGAAACGAUGAACAACUACUUGUUGUUUGGCCACUUGGUCCGCUGCGAAGUCGUCGCCGAGCCGCACAAGGACACAUUCAAGAACUCGAACAGGAAAUUCCGCGUGGUGCCCGUGCACAAGAUCGUUAAGGAGCGCCACGAUGGCAAGAAGACGCGCGAGGAGUGGCUGUUGUUGGUUGCCAAGUUUGAAGACGCGAAGAAGCGCAAGGUGGCGGAGUUGAAGUCCAAGGGUAUCGAUUACGAUUUGAGCCAGAUAUAG